ACUAAUCCCCAUUUCCUUUCGGCCAACACUUUCCCCCAAUCAAACUCGCCUUCCACGGCGAGGUUGCGUAUUGCGCGGCUAGGGUUCGUCUGAUUGCCGCCGCCCUCCUAUCGAUUCCGCCUCCUUGGAGGCAUCCCUGGCUGGACCAAGCGAUUCACCGACCAACUGAUCGAUCAAGCCGACGAUGGCGCUGUCCUCAGCGGCACACAAGAUCCCGCUGGAGGUCGCGCACACUCUCGUAGAGAUCGCCGAGGUCGCGCGCUACGCCUACCAUCACCGCCCUGGCUACCAUGUGGCCCAAGACGGCGACCUGAUCACACCGCCCCCGGGCGCUGAUGGCGGCGGGGGCGCCAGUGAGGAGGCCGCACGGCUAAGGGAGGAGAACGCCAUGCUCCGCGCCCGACUCGCCGACGACCUCGCGCUCCUCCGCGAGCUCCACGGCGCGCCCUGCGUCUCCAAGGAGUGCCCUCCUGAUCUGUACAAUCGACUUCUGGCGGCAGUUAACAAUGCUAGCUUCCUUGCUCACAUCGAGAAAUUACAGGAUGAAUCAGCACGUCAACAUGCUGAACUAUCUUCUGGCAACAUGACAGAGGUAGACGUUGGAGAUAUUCCAGACAAAAUGGGUGAUGGGAAGAAAGGAUCAUGGGUCUUGGUUGCUUGUGAUACUGCUGGGGCUCAUUUGGAGGAAAUUAGUGGGAUUGAUGAUGAGAAUUAUGUUAUUAUCAAUGAAGACGACAUAGUCGAUGGUCUUGCCACCUUUGUUGCUAGGUGCAUUCUUGAAGAUCCAAAGUCCAAGUCAUUAUCGCCAGCGCAGCUCCAAAAGGCUGUUGCUAAGGCACUAGAUAGCAUGAAAGCUCGGUGGAGGUGGUCAACCUUUUGGGAGGCUGGACAAAUUAUUUAUAUCUUGACUACUUGGGGAAUUACACUAGCAGGAUUGUACAAGAGUCGUCAUGUCCUGAAAGUGGCAGCAAAGGGUGCUGCUGCGUCUGCCAGAUUUGUUAUGAAGGCACUGUGAGUGCAAAAGUGACUGUUGCCAUGAUCAUGUGGAAUGAUAAGCAAGGUGUAAAAAUGUAAAUACAAAACUCGUCAGUGCCAGCUGUAUAUAUGUAAAUUAUAGCUUUUUUAUAAUCGUGAACGAUUGUUCAGAAGUGAAGAACUGUUUCUUUUAUUGCGUAUCAAAAGCAAGGGCAUGGAGUGCGAUGA